AAAAAGAUUACUUUCCUAGAGAGUUACUUAUUUUGUGUGUAAAGAGAGUUACUUAUUUAAUAUCCUAUGGAGUUAUUUUUUCUGAAAGUAAAAAAAAGUGGACAAAGUCAAAUCAAACAAAAUUCCUGAACGUCGAAGAUCGGGAAGUUGAAAAUUCCAUGAAAGAAUGGCGAGUGGAGGUAGAAGAAGAAAGAACACACCUCCAUCUCCUAAAAACAAAUCAAGCCUCGGCACUGUCACACACUCAAUCACCUCUUCUGAUCCAUCUUCCAAACGCACCUUUCUCAAAAAUCACCUCUUGAUUACACCUCUCGUCAUUUUGCUUCUUGUUGCACUUCUCUUCUUAAGCAUUUCAUCAAACACUUUCCCUGCAAUUCGUGUCCGCAAUGUACCAAACCGGAAUUACGCGAUCGAGGUUGUCAAUGAGUUUCCUCAUGAUCCUUCAGCCUUCACUCAGGGGCUUUUGUAUGGAGGGAAUGAUACUUUGUAUGAGUCAACUGGUCUUUAUCAUCAGUCAUCGCUUCGGAAAGUAGAUAUUGGAACCGGAGAGAUUUUGGCGAUUCAUAAGAUGGAUUCAACUUACUUUGGGGAAGGUUUAACUCUUUUUAAUGACAGGUUAUAUCAAGUUACUUGGUUGAAGAAAAUUGGUUUCAUAUAUGACCGAAACAAUUUCAGCAAAUUCCAAAGAUUUACUCACCAGAUGGAAGAUGGUUGGGGGCUUGCUACAGAUGGGGAAGUUCUCUUUGGAACUGAUGGAAGUUCAACAUUGUAUCACAUUGAUCCACAAAACAUGAAAGAAGUUUUACAGAAAAAAGUUGUCACCUAUGAUGGGCAUGAAGUGCAUAACCUUAAUGAGCUGGAGUAUAUUAAUGAUGAAGUUUGGGCAAACGUUUUGCAGACAGACUGCAUUGCUAGAAUUUCACCAAAGGAUGGAGUGGUCCGUGAGUGGAUUCUACUUCACAGUUUAAGAAAAGGAUUACUAGCUGAUCGGAGAAAUAAUAUUGAUGUUUUGAAUGGCAUAGCAUGGGAUAAAGAGAAAAGCAGGAUUUUCGUGACAGGAAAGCUUUGGCCAAAGCUAUAUGAAAUAAAGCUGCAUCCUCUGAGGGAACAACUAAAUGUAAACAUUCAGGAUAUAUGCAUGCCACCGCGAUUCCAAUUCUAGAAGCAUAGUUUGCAGCUGCUGCGGCUGCAACCUUGAAAUAUUGCAGUUGAGGGUGAUUCAGAUGAAUACAUGCAAACUGAAAGAUGUCAUCCAUAAGAUGCUGGACCAUAAUAUAGAACUAAUUUGAAGUGGAUACGGAACAGAACAUAGCCAUACAUGAAGGAAAGUGAAAUUUGUUUGAUACUUUAGUUAUCUAUUUGUUUGUUGGAAUUAGACAACGUGUAACUUGUUGUUAAAGCAUUAAUAUAGGUUUUACUUCAAAUCAAAAUACUCAGUUUAGUUCGCUCGGUUUAAGAUUAUUUUGUUCACAA